AUGAAGAGACUCUUCUGUUCUAAAAAAAUACCCACAACAAGCCUCAGUUCGCAUCUUCUUGUAAGCAGUUCUGUUCAACCACCACCUCACGACGGACUUUAUUAUCGUUCAUCCUUCUGUGCUGCCUUGAUACUACACAACAGUAGUGGAACAACAAUUACUACUACCAAUAGGAAUUAUUUUGUUGAAGAGAAGAAUUUUGGUACACAAAGAAUCGGAAGUUUUAAAGAAAAAGAAUUAAAUUAUUUGAUAAAUUUUCAGAAACGGGAAUAUAGUACAAUGAUUACUUCGGAUACAAUUGGAACAACAACUGAAAGCGCUACUACUAAUGAUACAGGCUCCUCCAUUCCAAAGAGACCUGUCAUUCAAAUUGAUUACAGGAAUAAGAUAAUUUUAGCUCCAAUGGUGAGAGUCAAUGGUCUUCCAUUUCGUAGACUGGCUGCACGGUAUGGAGCAGAUAUCGUUUAUUCAGAAGAAUUGGUCGAUAAAAAGUUGCUAAAAUGCAAACCUGUAUAUAAUGAAAAGUUAAAGACCAUUGAUUAUAUUUCGGAAAAGGACAAGUCUAUUGUUUAUCAAGUAGAGGUUGUGGAUAAAAAUAGUGAUUCACCAACAGCGUCACAAAAAGUACCAACAGUAUUGCAAUUGGGUACAUCCUCUCCAGAGAUUGCUCUCCAAGUUGCCGAGUUAAUGAUUGACGGUUAUGAUGCUAUUGAUGUAAAUAUGGGAUGCCCUAAAAAGUUUUCUGUUAAAGGAGGAAUGGGAAGUGCUUUAUUGCGACCAGAAAAUCAAGAAAAUGCUUUAGAAAUUUUAAGAACUCUUGUGAAAGGAAUUCAAGAAAAAUACGGUAAACCUGUAACAUGUAAAAUCAGAUUAUUGGACACGCCAGAGCAAACUUUGGAAUUAUUUAAAAAGCUUCAAAAUACUGGUGUUUCAGCAAUUUGUGUCCAUGCUAGGUACAUACCGCAAAGACCUCGAGAGAAAGCUCAUUCCCAUCUUAUUGAGCCAAUUUCCAAAAUUUCUAAAGUUCCUCUUAUUGCGAAUGGUGAUGUUUUCAAGCCGGAAGAUAUUGAACGAGUGAAAACUGUCACAGGAUGCUCAAGUGUCAUGAUCGCCCGAGGAGCAAUGUGGAAUUUAAGCAUUUUCAGAAAAGGAAAAGCACUUUUAGAUAAAUUAGAGGUAGCCAAAAUUCUAUUAGACGAGUUUAUUACAUAUCAAUAUCCAGCAGGAUUAUCAAAGUACAUCAUUAAGAGAAUGUUUGAGACACACGCCAAAACUAAUCUCUACAAACGACUCAUUGGUUGCAAAGGAUACGAUGACUUGCACAAGGCCUUACACUUCAACGAUGGCGAAGAUCUCAACAGCAAGGAACUUUCUUUCGAUCAAAUUACCUCAAUACCUGAAGAAGAUGACCUUCUACCAAUCAUCGCUUAUCAAUCCACAACAGCUACCACCACUGUCACAGAACCCUCCACAAAGAAACAGAAAUAUCAGUAA